GUUUCUGUUUGUACAUCGCUAAAUUAAUCGCUAUGUGUAGCGUGUUUGAUUAUUUGUAGUAGUAUUGGUAACUGUGUAAUCGUGUACCGAUAAAAAGAGGAGUGAAUUAUAUAUUCACUUUGAUUAUCGCUACCGAAUUAUCGUAUGCCUCAAAUGCUUAGAUUGGUUAUAAUUAAAUUAAUAAAAUAAAUUAAAUGCAUAAUAAAGAAACGGGUAACGUAUCGUGUUAAUUGUCGCAUUGAUAUAUUAAUUAAAAUAUCGGAUAUUUAUAUCGGUGCAUUUAUUUCAUUUAAUCAAGUUCUAUAACCGGUUGAAAAAGCCUGGUUUCGUAUACAUUUAUACACAUGUAACAUAUUAAUUCAUAAUAGAAUUUACGUAUAGAGAUCGGUAGGUUUAAAAGAUGGUAUUGUUUCCUCGUAGUGGCAGAUCGUGUUGCUAUCAAAUGGACGAACGCGCCCAUUCACGGCGGUUCUCAUUGGUGACAACCUGUUGCUGCAGUGGCGUAAUCAAAAUUUCGUCGACAUAGUUCGUGAUCGAUGUCUGUGUCUACGAUUAGCAUUCUAGUAGAACGCUUCCUUUUCGUGUGACUCACGUUAUUGACUUUCUAUGAAACUCUUGUGAUAGAAUAUUCAAGUCAUUUCUCCUGCAUAUUCCAUACGUUCAAGUACAAAGUUAAUUGAAUUGAAAUUCAAUAUUACAUAUCGGAAUUACAUAAAAAAUUUUUGUUUCCGCAUUCAAUCAGAGUUAUAUUUCUCAUCGAACGUACUUUAUCAGCUUGCUAAAAUAAAACGUUACUAUUUUCGGUUCUUAUGUUUAUUCAGUUCAGGCGGAUGGCGGUAAGUUUGUAUUCCGUGUAAGUACGUAGCACGAAACUUUUUUAGAGUUGUGUCAGUCUCUAUUCAGAAAAAACGUUUGUGUACAACGCUUGAAGAGUAUAUUUUAUACAUUGUUUUCCAUGAUCUACUACUCUAUUGCCUUUUUAACAAAUAUCUGAAUUCUGCUUCGAUAAUACGUAUAAUGGUCGGGGAGAAAGAUCCCACAGCAUCCGCAAACCGAAUAAAAUAACCAAUAGCGUCAGCUGUUGCUUCGCAAUCUUUGAAUACCAUAAAUCGAACAUCUAACUACCAAUCACCAUCGAAUGCCGAUUCUCUGAUGCUUAUGCGUGCUUUCGAAUAGUUGCUUGAAGUAAUUUUGAAAUUGUUUAGUAAAGCGCUAUUAGUACCGAUAUUUUUGCAUUUACGCCAUUGGCUUGACGUAAGUUGGAAAUUUAAAUAAAUAGUUACGUACUGUAAAAGAGAUAAUGAACAAAAAAGAUGGCAUUGUUAACUAACUUUCAAGUUACACUUCUUCGUAUACCUAUAUAGAUAUUUUUUUAAAAACAAUGUGCCAAAACAAGUUCCCUCGUUCCAUGGUUUUCUUUUCUAAUUACGUGAUUUCAUUCUGAAUCACGUCGCAUGUAAAACACAUACGACUUAUAUAUUAAGACGCGGCACUGCGUCUUCGGGAUAUAUUAACAGAUUGGAACCGUAAGCAAUACCUGUAAGGAGGAAGACAGAGGACAAGGGGCAAGCGAAAUAUUGUAAAUCGCGUAAAACGUCAGAGGCAACAGGGAAUUUUCAUCCCGACAGAAUAUCGGCAGGCUUACGCCACUGUAAAUCGGUGGAUGCUGCGUCAGGAGCAAUGGCGGCACUGGCUUACCUGGCCAGUACCUAACCUCCUCCCCUCUUGUUCGUAUCGUCGUCACGUUCCUCAGAGCAAUCCAACGAACCUGUUGCCUGUUCUCAUCCAGUGUCGUGUCGCUUUCACGACGAUCGUGCGCGGUUCAUUGCGGUUCCUUCAGCUUUGAAAGUUGUCCGCUACUCUGCAGCGAAUUCGUCUACGAAAUUCGAAGAAUCUGUGUUUCGUCUCUCACGAUCUUACGAUUCCAUGAUCGAACGUUGUCUUCGUAGAAAAGUAUCUUUCGUCUUUGUCAGCUGGACGAUUACACAAUUUCAUCGCGUCUUGUGAAUCUACACGCUGACCAUAUACGACGAUUUGUUUGCGAGCGCCGCACCGUGAGUGAGAUUAUCGAGAAGUUAUGUUCUUGUCAAAGGAUUUGCUGAGUGGCACGUUUGGUAAUUUGUCAUGGUGUUGCCCGAAGGAUUUACAGUCCGAAAAAUUACUGCGUUCUGUUAAUUGAAACGAAGCAUUACAUAUGGAAAUUCCUUAGGGACGCAUUUUGUCCGUUACAUACGAUCGAUUAUCGAUAACGACUUACAUACUGUAUGCCUGGAGUGAUUCGCGCAAAGUUUGGGAAGCUUGUUUCGUGUGCAUGAUGAUUGGUAAAGUGGUUACUUCGAAGAUGACGAUUCUGCGCGAGAGAAACUAUCGACUGGUUUCCUUGAGAGUGGAUGAGACUGUACGCGGACUGAAGGAGACUUUAAGGAUUGCACUGUAAUUGCAGACUCGAUGCCACGGUGGAAAGCGAUUUCCUUGUCUCGCAUUGGCGUCGCUCUUUAUCCGAUGUCAGCGAUGAUUUACGAGCGCUGUCGGUGAAAUUUUUUAACGGAUGGAAUGAUCGAUAAACGUAGAACGGAUCUUUUCGUGAUUCGAUCGCUUGCGAAGCCGAGUCGGUAUCAGAUAUGGAAUUUCAUUUUCUCCGAUCGCGAAAUUUCCUAUGCAAUUAAAAAUGGUUUACUUUCGAUCGUUUAAAGUAUAAACUGAGUUUUCUGUCAAUUUUACAUGCUGCAUUAUUAUAUUCGAAAUAUCCGAAUAUAUACGAUAUUUGCGAUAAUGAUAUUGAAAGUAAUCGAUAUCGUUGAUGAAAACGCGUGCUAAAGGGCAAAUUCUUCGGAUAGAAGUCAAGGAAUUAUAAUCGUUGUCCAUGGGAGUUGGAAGAAGCGGAUUGCAAGAUUUGACAAGUUCGUGCUUGUGUUACCAAAAGAGUGCAUUUGUGCGCGCGUGUAGUGUAGUGAAAUAAAGUACCGAGUGAAUUGCGUCGAUUGUCUUUGGACGUCCGUUAUCGUACGGUUUCAUCCAACGUCUUGCGGCUUAAAUUACGUUUGGCUGGGAGGACGAGCGGGAAAGCGGUGGGAGCGGAUAACGAAGAAGAGAACGAGCGCGAAGGAUGCUGGCUGCCGUGAGGCCGUUCGUCCAAGCAGAAGCUGAGACCGCAACCAGAGGCUCGACCAGCCGGUGACCAGCUCGACGUCCGGAAUGGACAGCAAAAAGGUUGUCCAGGCGGCGCCGCUCCCCGUACCUGUCCAGGUACGUAGCAAGAACGAUGGCUCGGGGGUGGCCGCAUCCGUGUCGGGGGUUCGCAGACGAAGCGGCUCCCAAGGUUUACGAUCGCCCGCCGCGAAGAGGCCACUCUCCGCUCCCGUCGCCCUUCAGGGAUGGCUACACAAACAGGGCUCCGAGGGGCUGAUGCUUUGGAAGAAACGGUGGUUCGUCCUCUCCGAGUACUGCCUCUUUUAUUACAAAGGUCCGGAAGAGGAAAAAUUGUUGGGCUCGAUAUUGUUGCCGUCGUACAGAGUUACCGUGUGCAAGCCCGAGGAUAAAGUUAAUAGAAAGUUUGCGUUCAAAGCCGAACACGCGAAUAUGAGGACUUAUCACUUUGCAGCGGACAGUCGCGAAAGCAUGAAUCAAUGGGUGAACGCGUUAACCUUGGCGACUCUUCUUCAGGACCCAAGUCCCGGGGCCGGCGAAGCAGCGGUGGUAAUCGAGAUAGCAGGCCAGCCGGACGGGGAGCGGAGCGCACGGCCGAGCGUCUCCUCGAUUUCCUCGAUUCUGAAUCAGAGUGCGGACGAUAGCGACUCUGGAUUUCACGGUUUCCAAUCGCGGGACGAUCCGAGCCACGCUUCCAACAACAACUCCAGCCCGAACAGCGUGAACACGGCCUCUUUCCCCAAUCUCAGUGGCAGCAACAGCAACACCAACAGCAACACCAACAACGGAAACAACAACAGCAAUAACAAUAAUAACACCAUCACCAACACCGGUAACAACAACGCGAACGAAGUUCAGCCAUUGGUAAACGGCUGGAUUCAACAGCAAACUCCGUACGGUCAACCUAGCACGUCGCAGCACCAACAUCAGCAACAGCAACAGUACGGUCAGCUGAUACCCUCUUCUCAGCAACUGCAACAGAUUCACUCCCACCAGCAUCAAGCGUUGCUUCAUCAGCAUUUGUCUCAUCAGAGUACCAAUCAAACUCAUCAGCUCCAUCAUAACAAGCACGUCGUGCAGCAGCCGCAAUCCCAGUCGCACUUGACAGCCAGCAACGUACAAACUGUGCAGCCCAUGGCCCGAAAAUUCGGUCAACCGAUCUACGCGAACGCCCCGCCCAAACCUAGAAGACUGACCGACGGAUCGACCGAGUACUCGACUCCGUCGCCGGAUCCGGACUACCGGAAAUCACCGGUAUCGCCGGACGUUACGGUGACCAGCAAGAGCCCGAUGUCGGACUAUGACAGAGGCAGCAUGAUCUACGGGACGAGGAUGAAUCAACCGUCGCAGCAGAGCCUCAGAACGGAUAAAUCGGGCUUGAAUUACGGGUACGGACAGGUGCAAACGGAAAGGCGCACGCCCGACACGUACGGUCGUAGCGCGGCUAAACCGAGAUCCGCCAGAGGGAACGGUGACUACGAGGAAGUUUAUGGGGCUCCUCAACUAUAUCAGAGGCCAGCUGGACCUGUUGGCUAUACCAAAGGAUCCUCGCCAGCACCUAUUCCGAUUCCGCUGUACGCGCAACAACAUCAGCAGUAUCAGCAGCAGAUUCAUUCUCCUGGCACGCCCUCCAAUAUGCCAAUAAUGAGGCAACCGAGGACGCAGCCACCACCGCGACCGCAUAGCGCGGACUUCUUGGAGUACGAAGCUACCAGGAAGCCUCAUCAGCAGAUGCCACCGCAGUGCGAAGAAUCGCUGAAUCAACAGAGGCGUCCACAAAGGCCUAAAUCGAGUUUAGACAUAGUCACUCCGUCGGACGCUACCAACGACGGUUAUUUCUAUUCCGAGGAAAGAUACGCGGCACAGAUGCGGCAGUCCUCGGUUUAUCUCCAUCAAACGCCUCAGCAUCAUCAGCAACAAAGGAACCAAUCGCUUUCCCGAGCAACAAUGCCGUCGAAAGCAUCGGGAAUCCGCGACAGAAGCGACGAGAGUAGAAUAGCAACGCUGCCGGAUGUUUCCUGCUCUGGCCUGAGGCGGACGCAACGCGAGCACGUUCAUCAGCAACACGUGAUACCUCACCAAUCCCUUCAAAGGCACACCGAGGUGAACAGCAACGAGGCGAAACUGAGGCGAUCGUUGCGAGAGAAGAGCUACGAGUCGAGUAACCGAGAAAUGUUGAGUCACAUGGCCGAGGACGGAACGGUGCCGCGAAGAAUUCCACGAGAGUACGAGUCGUCGAUGUCGGCGGGGUGGGGCGGCAGAUCGACGAGUCACACGGCCCAGGGGACUACUCACGUGGGCCAACCGUGUCACGCUCCUCACGCCGCUGCCAGACGAUGGAACGAACAGCAACAGUUCUGCAGAUCGGCGUCCGCGCGUCUCCCGAGGACCAGGCAUCCGGCCGCCUUGGAUCCCGACGACGACGACUACGACUACGGAGAACGAUCUUCCGAGCAGGAUUCGCGUGAUGGUGAACGAAAGAUACAGCAGCGCGAGGAGUCAAUGAAGCGACUGCUGGAAUGGAAGCAGCGAAUGCUGCAAUCGCCGUUAACCCGGAAGCCAUCGGCCUCGGUAAACAGAGGACGGGCGCAGAACGAGCUGUCGAACUAUUACAAGCAGCAGGCGCUGCUCGAGCUCGCUGCUCACGAGGCCUCUGUCGCAGAGGGUCGUCACUCACGGCGAAGAGAGGACGGUCAUCGGCCACAUGUCCGCAGCAAGAGCAGCGACGGCCGCCGGACUGUCGCCAACGUUUCGCGAUACAACAGCUACUCCAGCGACGACGAAGAGCUGGGAGAUGUCCGGAGGAAGCGCACGCGUAGACCCUCGCAUGCAGGAAGGAGCCCCCGCCAGCACGGAGACAAUCGUACGUCGGGAAAUCCGCUUCACGAUGCCAUCCCCGGAAGUGGCCGCCAGAGUCAGAACGCUAUUCGAGUCUCGAACGACCGACAACCGAGCCCCACCGCUACCGUUCUACCUAAUCUGGGCGGGAUACCCCCGGAUGCCGGGUACGAGGAGGUCAGCUUCCCUCCUAUACCGAGAACCGAACGUUCUCCGGAGUAUCUCUCCUCCGGGCAGACGUCUACUACGAGAACCGAUCGACAAGACCACGAUACCUCUUCCAUCGACGAAGACAAGCUCAAGAAGAAACCGUCCGGGAUCCUCAAGACUUCUACGGUUUACGGUGUCGAGCAAGCCGGCAAGAGUUCGAAUUGCUCAACCGGAUACGCGACGGACACCUGGCCUGCUCAGAAAACGGUUCAGUGGACCACCAAGAAGGAACCCGACGAUUGGGAUUCCAAUAUCGAUGAGAGCAAGGUCAUCAAAGAAUUUUCUUAUCAGUACAUCAAGGAAGAGCUGGAGUCGAAGAAGGAGGACAGGUCUGCGGCUAAACCGGAAACCAUGAAUCUGGUGCAGUGUAGGAUACGAUCGUUCGAGCUAAACAUGGAUGGCUCGAGUCCGGUGAAGGAGGUAUUCGCCAUGCAGGAGCCACUGAAAGUGUCGUCCCCUCUUCAAGCGACGGAAGCCCACGUCUCUAAGCUGGACUGUUCGAAAAAGACGUCGUCGAUAAUCCGCAACUUCGCCCUAGGUGAUUCGGAUUCUCAAGAUUGCAAGUACAAAAACGUCAAAGACGGCCAUACCAAACAAGCGUCCACGGAUAGCAACAAAUCCGUGAAGGAUCUGCUGGCGGAUUUCGAGAGGAAGUCUCGACAGGUUCAAAGACAGGAAUACGGUAGGCACCAGGAAGUGAAACACCGUGGAGUGUUUAGCGACUCGGAGGCUUUGCUGUACGAUACGGGCAGCGAUCUGGAUCAGCGCGAGAAAAACGAGGACGCGCAGGACGAGAGGACCCUACAGAUCGAUCAAGUUGUACCUGAGCCUAUCAACGACCAUAGAAUGUACACCGACACGACGAAGAAGAAGGGGAACGUCUCCUUUAGACGCAAGAAAAGAUCAUCCUCGAAGGAGAGCGAGAGCGAUCAAACUAUACCUACGGAGGAUCUAGACAUCCUAUCGAAUCCCAGUUGCGCUAGGUUAAGCGUCACGGAAUCUCUGCUGACUCACGGCGAUCGUUUCUCCGGAGAAAGCGGUACCACGAGUCCCACCGUGAAACAAGAGGAUAUCAGUCCCGAAGAACACUAUCUGCCCAUGACUCCUAGGAAAGCUAUAUUGGAUCCGAACGACGACAGGCCGAAUCCAAAGAUGAUGGAGAGCCUGUUUGCCAAUUUGGACCACGAGGAAAGUUCGUACGUGGAGAUGGCGCAGAACGGUAUGACCCAUUCCCUUUUGGCGCCCACCGACGAUAGUAGGAAACACGAUUCCGGCGAUUAUUCUACCUUGGACACGCCUCACUACGAGUUUGUUUGUGUGUCUGACAACAAAAUGGAGCCAGUGUACAUGGAGGUGAGUCAGUUGUCGGGAAAGGAGGAAGAAGGCGGUGGAAAGGUGUCCCUUUCAAAGAGAAACGACGAUUCGACAUAUUCGAGGACGACCGAUCUCCCCGAUAUUUUAACAGCCCUCAAGUCCGAUAGUUCGGACGCCGAUGACGAAUCCUCGAAGGAUCUCGAUUCGAUCGACGCUCCACGGCAUCCAAGGUUCAGUCUGUCGGACACUUUCAGACCCGCCUCCUAUUAUUUAGGCGCUAGUCGAACCAUGAUCGCGGAACUGCACGAUUCUUCGGACAGUGAGCUGGUAUCACCUCCGCCUAUUCCAACCUCGCCGCCUCCGUUGGACGAUUUGGACUCUUUGGACAUGCAAGAAUCAUUAGAAAUCAAAAAGGUGUCUCCGCAAGUGGCGGUGACGAAGGAUAACACCUCGGGCAGAGACUCUCCGAAGUCGUGGAACAAACCGAUGGGUCAGAUCGAGACCCAUAGGCCUCCGUCGAGAUUUUCUGACGCUACCAUCAGCUCCACUUUUAGAGACAGUAGAAUAUCUUUGGAGAGCGCGUCCGGAAGCGACUCGGUGGAAUUGAGAAUGCCCGAGGAGGAAGCGAGACACAGACAAUUGAAAACCAGACCAGUCAGCGAAGUGUGCGAAGUUCUCGACAGCUUAGACGAAUUGGAGUCCCUCGGAAGCCGCUUCGACGGAGCUAGUAUCGACUUGGAUCAGUAUCUGGAGGAAUUGCAGGCUCGCGACGCCUUCAACGUCGACUUGUAUGCGAAAGAUCUCAGUUACAAUAGCAUUUACGGAUUCAACGAGAACAUGAUGGUAGUGGACAAGCUGCAGAAGACCACCUGCCGCGAUCUGUCGAGGCAACCGAACUUGGGCUUCGAUAAUCUUGACCAAUCUCUGAGGUACGGCGCGGCGAACAAAAUGGGAUCGGCGAGUAGCUUGCCUUCGAUGAGAGUUUGCGACGCUCCUCCUUCUCAUCAGCACUCGCAGUCUUUCACCGGGGAUGCUCAUUACGAAAAUAUUUCGAGCUUUUCUCCACUGAGGAAUUCACCGGCGAUUCGAUCGGACAAUCAAUCGCGAGACAAUUCGCACGGUCUUCAGAGAGGAUCCCAAAAUAACCUGCUUACGGCUUCUCAUAGCAGAGACUCUAGUUACUCUCUGGCCUCUGGAGCCGCUUCGAUCUCGACCUCUAUGGCUUGUCAGAGACCUGCCAGCGCCCAGUCCUCCAUGCACUCCCCUACGGGUUCGAUGUCCUUGGGAAACCACGGGAAUAGUUUGGUCGGCAACAUGCUGCAAAACGCGAGUCCCUACUCCGAUCUACGGUUUCAAAGUCAUUCGAGGACGGCCAGUCAGGAUUCCGCUAGAUACUCCAUGAUAUCGAACCACAGGUCGUCGUCCAGUCAAGAUUCCAGUCACUAUCAAACUUCGACGUCUACGGUUAAGGCAAAUCCCGCGCCUCAAUCGUAUAUGCCAGGUGAGCCACAUCUACAGAGCGAGCAGUCAGGCGCUCCUUACUACUAUUCCGAUCUCCAAGGUAGCGUAAACGCCGUAGACACCGCCGAGUCGAUGAAGCCGAUCGGUCAUUCUUCCAGAUUGCCUCAACUAAACAAUCAAAGAGACGACGCUUCCGCGUUAAACAAGAGGAACGAUAUAGGACGUAUCGUGAAUCCGAUUUCCAGGCAAAUGCCCAGACAGAUUCAAGUGGAUGACAUAGACGAGGCUAGGCGAAUAGCGGCCGAACUCAGGAAAACGACUUGUCAACUGUUGGGCGACAGCAAAGUCGAUCUCGUGGACAAGAAGAACUUUUACGAAGCCGAUACUCUGAGGAGGGUAAAAUCUACCGAUCCUCUGCCUGAUAUCUCGUCGGCAGAGAUUAGCACGAGGAAUCUGUAUCCGCAUGGCCUUCGCGAUAAGUCGAACAGUCAGUCGAACAGCCGAGACACCUUCGAGUUGGCGCUUGGAACGCAGACGUCCCAUCGAAGGUCUAGGUCUUUGGAGGGCCUUUUGGACGACGUCGGGCUUCAGAAUCUGGUGGAACAGAGGAACAGAAACAACCGAGUAGCAACGGUUCCGCCCACUCAGGUUGAGGAAGAAGCGCCGCAGGACAUGGGUGGCAUCGGUAGCGGUUCUACGUCGAACAGCUUCAACGUCGAUGACCCCUGGGAGCAGGACUCCUUGUGGAGAGAAAGUCUCCGGCGAGUGAGUCUAAGAAAUGCCAGGUCCCUGGACAAUUUGGGCAGUCCACCAAGACCGACCAUAUCUAGCUCGGACUCGAAGGGACGGAACAAGAUCACUCGUGGCGCCACCUACGUGAACGACAGCGUGAUCUUGCGACGAGAGAAUUGCACGGAGGAUUCUUCGGACAGGCCACGCGUGAAACGUCGAGCCAGCAAGGAACAGGAGAGGGACGAGAUGGUCGACGAUCUGACGUACGAGAGUCUGUCGAUGGAGCGGAUUCACGCGAGCGGCUACGUGUGGGACGCGCAAAACGAGGCUUACCGGAAAGCCACCGCCGAGGAUAUGGAUCAUUUUUUAGAGGAAGGCAACCUUCCCCCGGUUCGCUCGAUCUCGGAGACAACGCGGCAGAUGUCCGGGCCUGCGGCGACGUCCGCGGCGUUCGAGCUCGAUCGAGAGAAGCUACGGCAAUGGGACCUGCUGUCGAGCGCCUGCUUGCUCCAGGAACAGCAGCGCAGCUCAAUGGCGGACUCGGGGCGAGGGUUGCCAAUUGCGGAACGACCUGGAGACGUUCUCGAUGUGUCGAGGAACGGUGUACCGGUGCUGAACAACGGCGCCGGCACCGGGCCGAUCACGAGCACGACAGCUGCGGCCAAUCGCGAUCGGGACGUCGUUUUGGAGGUGCUCGAGAAGGGUGUACAGCAGAGUACCUCGACGACGACGACGACGACGACAACGACAACGACAACGACGACGACGACGACAACGGCGGCGGCGGAAUAUCUCGGGCUGAGCAACAGGCAGGAAUUGAACCAGGAGACUAAGGAAGCUUGUAACAGGGCUGCAGCUUCCGGCUCUGGAUCGGUGAUAGGAAGGGAUCCACUUCCGCCGAGAGCUGUCAGCACUUCGCAACUAGCUCAAAGAACGCAAACGCAACCACCGGCGACCGUCUCUACUCUUCCACUGCCAAGAAGUAACGCCACGCACAGACAACCAUUGCCGCUUCAUCAAUCCACUCCUCAAUCGAUCAGACAAUCGGAAAACGAUAUGACUAACUCGCAAUUAUUGCGAGCCGCCAGCAGCGGCGAUAUUGGAACCGGAUCUGCCAUAUUGAAUAACAACGACGGAAAGGACAUAAGAUUAACAUCCCCCAGUGGCCACGCCACUCAACGAUUGAUGAGUCCGGCUUUGAGGGUUGUUUCCUUGAACGACCAUCGAGUUUCCAGCCCUAGCGACAGCGAUAUACGAGUUCAUAGUCCAAUCGAGAGGAAAAUGGUGAGUCCGAUCGGCCGAGAGGUGGACCGCGGCGGGGGCACGGCUGGUAGGCAGAAUCAACGCGUAUGGGAGUGCAACGAGUUGCUGCACAAAAGGAGCAACGUCAGCUCCCAGCGAGCAGAGGGCGGCCGCAAGCUGCCGCAAGCCGCAACCCAAGGACUGGUUCGCGUGUCCGCCGGCGAACUCCUCGGCAGGACCCACGAGGAGUUGGUGCUCCUGCUGAUCCAGCUACGCCGGCAGAACGCCACCAUCUACAAAGCGAUGGAGAAUUGUCACAUGGAGAUCGAGGCACAGGCUAGAUUGGCAGAGCUCGAUACUCCGCGACGAUUGGAGAACCUUCAGAAACUCGAGGAACUAAAGAAGCAUCUGAUGGAUCUCGAAAAGCAGUACGAGAAGGGCAAGCCGCUAGUGAACCUCGUGGACAACAUGGUGAAGUUGGGCUCCCUCUACAAUCGCAACACUGCCAAUGGGACCAACAUCUUCUCGGGUUCUCGACACGACCUAGCACACGACAAUUCGAGGGAUCAUCGUCUGGAAUUCAAUCAGAAGGUGCAGGAGCAACGUUUGCUAGCCGAGGAACGUAGAGAUUGGGACCGAUUGAGUCCCGAUCACGGACAAUUACAGGCCAAGGUGCAGCAGCUCUACAAACUGGAUCGCCUGCUUCAGGAGGAAUCCGGAACGCUUCACAGUCUUCAGCAAGACAAGGAGAUUCUGGAAAAAGCUCUAGGUGGUCUCCGACAUAAACUACAGGGCAGCAGGAGCAAUUUGGUGGAAGCAGAGAGAUACAGGAAGCAGCAGCUCCUUCUGGAAAAAGAGCUGAGCAGAGUGAGAGUGUUGCUGGCACACAACUCCAAGGUAAAGCCGGUAUUCUUCCAGAAACUCGAGGAAACGGUCGCGGAAAAUGCGAGAUUGGAACAAGACCUGGUGGUGCUGCGACAGAAGCUCCAAGCAUCGAGGAGGUAUGCAGGAAAUAUGACUAGAGACACUUCGGCCACGACUGGUCCUCUCGAAGCAGAGUUGAGAAGAGUUCAACAAUUGGUCGGAGAUCUACAGAGACAACGAAAGGAAUUGAGCAUUCAAGUUAGACAAUUAACGGAAAAGUCUCACAGUCUGGUGCAACAGAUUCGACCGCAACCUACUUCUGCUCCUCAAGUGCACCAACCAAAGAAGCGAACGCAAAACUCUUGGUUGGAGACCGAUCUUGAUUCUGGGAUAACUUUGGACCACGGUUUGGAUUCGCCAUCGAGCCCUGCGCUGUCCUCGUCGCCUCGUGGCAAGCAGAACGGUGGACCGUAUCCGCAUUUCAGCUCACCGACGCAGAUCAAAGACUCGUCCCCCACGAAUCGUCAGCAGACAAACCUACAAUCGUACCCUCAGUCGCCGCAGAAUCAUAUUUCCUCGCUUUCCCCUCAGUUACGAGAACAGAUUCAACAACAUCAGUUGAAGCAACAGCUUCUAAAGGAUCAAAUGCAGGGAAAAGGAAGCCUGAUGCAAGCGAACGUUUCUCCGUUAUACGUCAACACGGAGUCUAGAAUUCACGAGAACAACAGACAAGAUGAAAAUUUGACUAAUGGUACAAUUCCUCCACCGGAGUACGUUCCACCUCCUCCGCCGCCACCCUUGGCCGAAGAAACGUUACUGAACGAUAAUUACAGACAAAACGAGGACAACAAGUUCGCCGGCUUAAUCCACAACCGUGAGAAACAAGAGAUUAAGACCGUGCGAAUCGUGAAACGGGAAUCGGAAAGACGGCAAAGAGAUCGAGGAGACAGAACUGGAAACAUUGGAAUUCCAUUAACGAACGGGCUUCAAGCGCCUGGAGGUGCCAAGAGAUUGUGCGACGAUGAUUUAGAAGGAUCUCAGAAAUUCGAGAAGGCUCAAUUGGGAAAGGUGGUAGAAGAGUCGCCGAUGAUUCACGCCCAAAGCACAGUCCAGCUGACGGAUUUGGACGACGUGCAGUUCCAAAGAAGCAUGUCCUUACCGAGAGGUUUCGGCGGACAGCGGCAACAGCAGCCCGAGAUUCAUCAGGUUCCGGUAGUGCCUCCUCCCAGAAGCGACAGCAUGCACGCUUUGAGAACCAUGCUGGCUAGACGAAAUAAAGUCAGGUUCGAAACUCAAGACGGAAGCUCGGACAGUACUCUGUCGCCGUAUACGGAGAGCCUCGCUUCGAGCUCGCACGUGCCUAUGAGCUCGCCGAAUUACUCGACCAGUCCGUCCUAUAGCCCCAGCCAGCAGAAUUAUCCGAUCAAAGCGAACCAUCAUCAGCCGCCGUACUACCCACCGUACAGACACUACGAGAAUCCAUUGAGAAACGAAAGCAUCCCGGAGCCGGUGAGUCCGGAAUUGUUGUCACCGACGAACCUCGAGGGCCAGGACAGAACGUUCGGUUCGUCGUUGAACGUGAACGCGUCGAACUCGCCACAAUUGUCGCCCAUUUUCAAGAGCGAGGCGGCGAAACAGAUCAUCAAGGAGAUGACGGAGAAAAAGAUCGAGGGGCCGAGGCGCAGGCAAAUUCCCCGCGAGAAAAGACGACACUAUACCGUGUCCAGUAGCAAACCCAUUCUCGAUCUAGAAGACACCUUCUCGAAGAUGGGAAUGGGAAGAGCCAGAGAUGAUCUUGAUAUGGAACGAGCGCUCAGGCCGAGGAUCAACGCACCGGACGUCGUAAGAUCGACUUUGAGUCACAAAGAGCUGAAGUACAACGAGAGUACCAUCGAUCAGCUGCUAGGAACGCCCAACAAGAUCGUAAUCCCUGAAAGAUAUAUCCCUGAACAGACGCCAGAAUUAACUGCGGAGGAACAAGAGCAACGAUUGAAGAAAGCCGAAGCGAUAAGAAAGAUGCUGUCGGAAACAACCGUGACUGCGCCAGAUGGAAGCGACGAUAAUAUCAAUAUCGAGCAAUCAGACAGCUUGAAGAGAAAAGUAGUGGAAGAGAAACGGCAAAGAGAGCACAUUUUGCAACUGAAUCAAAUUUUGGCCAAGCAAGUCAUGGAAAAGAGCAAGAUGGUGGCGGUGAAAGCAUUGGCCACUCUUCCUUUGAAGACCGAAUCGAGCUUAGAAGACGAGGAUCUCUCGCCCGUAACGCCAUUACCGCUCUAUCAGCAAAGAGAGAAUUAUUACUCGUAAGGCGAUCAAGGUCGUUAUUGUCCCUCGGACAUAGCUGUCAAAUACAGGUCCUUUUAGCACAAAAGAGAAAACUCUACUGCCAGCCCGGAACAACAGAGAAACAAACAUCUUUCCUCGUGUAACGUUUUAUCAAAUUUCAUAACAGACGACUGACUCGUCUGACACUUGCUAUUACGAUUAUAUAAAAGGUAAAGAAAACGAUGUUGUUUUUUUUUUUUUUAUUUGCGUGAAUAUUGUACAUAAUCAUGGAUUAAAUAAACCGAUAAUAAAUAGCUGUUCUCUGGAUCGUCGAUAAGGACUAACAGUAUAAUGAGUGUCGAACAGAAUUAGGUGAAUGAUAUUUAUAGAAGAAAAUAGUAAAUAUUCGAAUGAUUAUUUCAAUUCUUUAUCUAAUUUUUUAUUACAUGUUCUUUUUUCUAAUGGAUUUUUGUUUGAUUUUGUUUAUAGUAAGUAUCGUUUGAUUUAAUCGACUAACGAAAAAUAAUUUGUAUUUGCUAUUUUCUUACUUGAAGCGUUUUAUCGUUUAAUCGUGACAUCGAGACAGGAUGGUUUCAAGUUUCGAUGCGCCUAAGACUUUAACUGUCGUCCAUUCUUGGAUUACCGAAUCUGCAUUAAGAAUACAUACUUCUGUUCCACGGUUUCGCGAGAUGUUUGUAUUCAAAGAAUGCUUCUAUUCGUAUUUAUACAUUUUUUAACGAUAAAUACACGAAACAUAUAAAAUUCCGUCGUCGUAAAAUUAAAGACUAAUUACGAAACCUAUAUUCUAUAAUCGUAAAUGUUGCUCCAACGUAAAACGUUCUAGUAAUAAAUAUUCUGAUGCCAUCUUGCUUGACGCCAUUCUGGCUCGAUGUUUACUCUUCUAUCCGAAGAGAAUGCUUCCACGAGUUUCUAUCACUAGCAAUAAUAAUAAAUUAAGGAACGAUCGCACAAUGCGACUCAUUUAACGAAUGACUGUAAUCGAAUUCCUUUAAUUCGUGCGAAUGCCAUUAGUUAGAGAAAGAGAAUCGAGUAUAGGGAUAAAAUAAAUACCCACUCGGAGGUAUAGUUAAUCAGAGAGUUCGGCUAAUUAUAAACAGCUGGAAGAAUCAAGUACACUUUAUAUCUCGCCUUUAUUUCUCGUGCUAUCUCGCGAAAAAUUUAUAUAUUGCAAUCUUGUCAAACUAUAAAUUCCUCCGAGUAUUACCAUUCUUACGUAAUUUCAUUUUCUUCUUUUAUCAAAUCUAUCCUUUUACAAGUUUUUCGUUAAUACAGAUGAAAAUGAAAUGAAAGCUUUAUACGCGUAUAUGGAUCGAAUUCAGUGAAAUUUGUCCGUUACGCAAAGUCGUGCUUUCACGGAUACUUCUUCAAGUUUACAUUUACGUUACAGUAACGUUAAUCAACAACAAGUAAUUUAUUGUAUCUGUACAUAUUGCAACGAGUUCGGGAAUCAUCGGUUUAAGUCAUCCGCGAAUUUACGUAAGAGAAACGAGCAUAUUAGCGAUAAGGUAAAAAGAAUAAGGUAAAAUUUAAGGUUGAAUUUACGGUAGAUGCUACGAGCGGCGCAACAUAGUUAAACAUUAAUAAAGAUCGCUAUAAGUAACGAUCGCAUUGAACUGACUGAGACUAGAGUGGAUUUAUAGUGUGAAACACCGAUCGAGGGUAUAUGAAAUUUUAAAUAAGUUGUUCGAACAUCUCUCUGUGUGCUUUACGCUUUGUUAUUAACGUGCGAGAUAUGAUCGAGUCAUUGCAGUGAAACGUUUAUUAUCAACGUUAUCGUCACGUAACAAUGUACAGCAAUUGUAUAAGUAGAUGAAUUAACGGUUGUUUCAAUCAAAAAUAAUGUAAGACGUUACAGAUUAAACAACAUAUUUCUUAAUAACAGAGUGAUCUAUAAACAACUGAUUGAUUUCCAUUGUCAAUAACUUUUAAACAAAAUAAAAACAAUAGUCUUUUAAUACAAGUCAUUAAUACAAUUUAUUAAUACCCGGGAAUUCUGUACAGAAGAUGAUUCUAUUAUCCAGAUUCUAUUAUCUAUUGUACAGAGAUACAAUCGGAAUGUCCAUUUUCCGUCAGGCUUAAGAAAGUCUUAAAGUAAGAACUUUAAAGCAAUCAUGAAAGAUUAAUUUAAUAAUCUUUAGUAAUCUAGUAAAAAAUGAAAUAAAAUAUCUAAAUGACUCGUCUUAACAGACCAUUAAUUCCUUUAAUCGUACCAUUCUAAACGUAUAUUAUAUGUCGCGUUUCUGAUAAAUAAGAGAACGAUGCUUGAUGCAACAUUCUGAUUAUUUCCUGCAAGUUCGAUCGGUAUUUUCAUUCGUAGAUCUGCUCCAACUUCGACGCGAUCAAACGCAUGGAUUUAUACGACACACGAAUCACUCGAACACUCGCCAUUCUAUUCGAUACUUUUCUUACCAACUUCUUCAUACGGAUGCAUACGUUUGACCGACGUUGAAUCGUCUGUAAUUUAAGCAACGUGUAACAUAUACAUCUGUACGUUUUAGAGGCGUCCUGUAACAUCGUUCUUCGUUCUACGUGAAUCGUUUACGCCGCUUUUGACGUUUCCAAGCAGCGUGUAUUAUAUUUUUCUGAGGUCGAUUCUCGUGUUUGUCACCCGAGAUUGUCCAACGUAUUGUCCAACAAUAAGAAAAAAAGGACGACCUCGAACGUGCGACUAGAUAAGUUCCAUAAAAGUGUCUAGCAUCGUAUCCAUUCAAUGGACAUCGAUUGCCAACGUGUAUUUCGAUGGAAAUUUAAUAAUCGAAACUUAAUUCUUUGAAGCGGGAAUUGAAUUCGUUAAUAUUAUUUUAAUCAAAGACAUAAUAAAUACAUAAGACAUAAAUGAAAACAUAAAUGACAAAGUCUUUGUAACAUAGCAGAAAAUGGUAAGCAACGCUUCAAAGGACUAAGAAGGAAGGAAGAAGGCAGCGUUGAGACGCGAAGCGUCGCAAAAUCGUGCUAGUGUUUCUAAACUAUGUUGUACGGUUGCAAUCUGUUAAAAUGCUUAGACAAUUGGGAACGACGAGAGCGUUCGAGCGAAAUCGGAGAGUGCCAAAUUACACUCGCAAAAGCAGAUCGAUCGCGAAACGCGGCAACUGCUCGUCAAUUAAACGAGGAAGAAUAAAAGAAGCGAAAACCAGCGAGACUAACGCGCAGCACAAACGAUUAAAUCUAAGGAUCUCCCCUCGACGACUGUCAACCCCGAGAAUGGUAUCUCGCUAAUCACGCUAAUUAAUGGUAGAAAUGCGUUACUAUUAUCGAGAACUCUUCGGUCCACAGGCAUCGACAUUAGGAAUAGUUUUUUACGAUACGAUGAUCCGUGUACGACGUAGAAUAUACGGUGAAACCAACGAUCGAAUCGCGAUCGCUCCUUCGGGACGCGAAUAGGUCGAGAGAAAAAGAGCUUAGCUCGUAAAGAGUAGCCCUAUCAGGCAAUCGGUACCAUCGUGCCCUUUUUAAGAACGUUCCUCUGUGGAUGGAGUACAAUUCCAGCGCGAAUCAUCGCGGACGUUGAAGGCAAAGGUUCGGGGAAAAAAGGACGAUACGUUCGUUCAUCGCUGCAAACUCCUCGUUCGACGUCCGAUCGGUCCAUGGUACCUGAGAAACCAGCGACGGGCUGGUUUCUGCGGUUGCCACUGCGCCAGGCGGACUGUUAAAGCGAUGUAAACACCGAAACGCUAUUGUAAAAGGAAACUACUGUGGAAACAGGAACUGUUAUUGUUACACGAAUAAAAUAAAAUCCAUAUUACAUGA